UUGUGCAUAGGAACACUUUCGAAUGAAAUAAAUGUUCUUCAGCGCCCUCUUCGUGACUCACGCGAAUCAUCUGGUUUCGACGAUUCGCCCGAAAUCUUCGACGAUGCUGUGCCACAGGCGAUGACGGCGCCGGCUUCGCCUUCAAAUUGUAACAAUAGAUCACAACGUCCCAACGUAGUGCUGACAAUCUUGUUCAGGUGUAAUUUGGAAGGAUGGAAGUACUCAUCCCAGAAGUUGCUGUGGAAGCUUAAACCACGUUAUAUCAACUUCAGCCACACUUCAAGCACAUCAUCUAGCACCGAUUCGGCAUGGAAGUCAAUGGACAGUGUGACAUGGCGAUCGGUUGAUGGUACUGAGGUAGUGCUAUGUGGAACCCGUCUGGAGACGCUAAGCGAAAUCGAACGUGGUGCGCUUCGUUUGGUCGCCUUACAGCGGCUUUCAGUGUUACUCCCAGGGAGCAGCAUUUUUAAGCCCAAAGCGAUUCGACAGAAGCGGCAGAAACUAUUGAGAACCAACAAAGCCCUGAACAUGUGCGAAGGCUCUCGUCGCGCUGGUGGAUAUAGCGUAGAUAAUGAAACGAGGCUGUUCGGUGUGUCUUUGGUGACCUGUAUGAAGAACGAGCGACGUCUAGAUCUAGAGAGCCGAUGCCGCUCCCUGGACGACUCUGGCCGAGCAAAAGCGGUAAAGUCUGAACCGGAAAUGGUGGCGCUGAACGAUCGCAAGUGGCUGUAUCCAUCCACACAGAAUCUGUAUCCAGAUUCACUUCCGACAUCAUCGUCACUCCAUGCUGGUUCAGCUCCACCGACUUGUUCUUUAGCACCGCAGGGUUUUUCUUUAGUAACAACACCUACUGUUGAACACGAGAAAGAAAUCGUUACGGGUCGUUUCGUGAAGAAGCAACAAUCGUCGUCCGCUUCAUUCUCCUAUUCUAUUGACGCUCCAUCAGGCGACGACGUCGAGCCGCAUGUACUGCAAGUGCCUCGGAUUGUGGAGAAUUGCACGCAAUACCUUAUGGCUUACGGACUCAACUCUGUCGGUCUGUUCCGAAUCGCCGGUAGUGCAAAGCGAUGCCGGCAGCUGAAAUCUGCACUCGAAAAGGCAGGCGGAGGUACGGCGAUCAGCAACGAUCUGGUGGCAAACACCACAGCGCACGACGUCGCCACCCUGCUCAAGGAGUACUUCCGUGACCUGCCACAGUCCCUUCUACCCAGGGAGCAUUAUCAGGCCUACAUUGCUGCGUCUAGUAAGUAUCUAAUGGAGCGCAUCGAAAUAGUUCGACUCCUUGUCUCACUACUCGGACUGCCUAAUACCGAUACUCUUUACGUGCUUCUCAAAUUUCUUCAUGAAGUUUCACUGAAUUCUCAAGGCCAAACUCAUCACAGCGGUAUCGAGGUCGUGCAAGGCAACCGAAUGGACACGAGGAACCUGGCGACGAUUUUUGCGCCGUCCAUACUGCGACCGGACCACGGAAAGCUGCACGCGACUCUUGCCGAGAACGAGCAGCAGAUCGCCGUCGUCGAGACGAUGAUCGCCCACGUCGACGAGAUAUUCAGGAUUCCAAAGGAGCUUCAGUGCAAGAUCUACAACAAACUGCGCGACACCGAUCCUGAUCGUCUGGAUCGACUCCUCAACUACAUCUCACGAAAUGACGGGUUUCACUUUCUAUUUUUUAUUUAUUUUGUGCUAUCCCUCUUUCAUAUUUACAGCCGACCAUUAUCCACGAUGGUCUUCGUAAUUCUUGUGUUUGGGUUCGGUUUCUCCGGUCCGGAGCAUUCUCACUUUGACUGCAUAGAGUGA